GUGCAACUACCAAAACCUAUUGCUACGUAGAGUGACGUAAGAGAAACUGGAACAGAAUCUGUGUUACAUUGAGUUUCAAGUUUGAACUCGCCAUUAGAAUCUUCGCCAUCGCAGGAAAAUGAAGGUGAUCGCUGCAUAUUUGCUUGCUGUUCUUGGAGGCAACAAAAACCCUUCUGCUAAAGACAUCAAGGGCAUCCUUGGCUCUGUUGGAGCAGAAGCAGAGGAUAAUAUGAUUGAACUGUUGAUGUCUCAGCUGAAAGGGAAGGAUAUAACUGAGGUUAUUGCUGCCGGCAGGGAACAGUUAGCCUCUGUGCCUUCCGGUGGUGGUGGUGGUGUCGCUGUUGCCGCUGCUCCUGCCGGAGGAGGAGGUGCUGCUGCUGCUGCUCCGGCAGCUGCUCCAGCUAAGAAAGAAGAAAAGGUGGAGGAAAAAGAGGAAUCCGAUGAUGAUAUGGGUUUCAGUCUCUUCGAUUAAUGGCAUUUUUCCAGAACAUACUCUCAAUUUACUCUAGAGCUGCUGCUUAGUUUAUCAUAAUUCUAUUCUAAAUAAGUAAUGUAGAUUGUAGUGCCUAUUAAUUCCAAUCUUGUCUUAAUUUAGUUUCUUCAUGCUAUGGAAUUACGUUUUGAUCAUUGAGAAAGGAA